AAGUACCCAGCCAUCACGUCAUUCUUCAAUUUCAGCUCCACGCUCUGUGUUGCUAAUAACAACGGACUCUAAACAAACUGGAGAAAAAAAAACUCGGGUCACCCUGUGAAGAGGCCUGUUAAUACUCGAGCUAGUUUGGGAUAUUUAUUCUUAGGAGUUUACCUGCAGUGCCUAUGCUGACUCAGGUCAAAUGAGCUCACCUUUGUCGAUGCUGAAGAAAACGAGGCGCACUCCGCUGCAGGGCCCUCUGAGUGAGCAAUGCAGGGGCAGACAAAGCGUGCCUUACAGGAGGAAUCUGUUAAAAGAAUUUCAGGCUGCAUUGGCUGAUGAUGAUGAUGAUGAUGAUGAUGCAUCCUCUGGUCUAAAUCCUCCCUUGACCUCACACAGUCCAGCUAAAGAUCCCGCCACUUCUAAGUCAAAAGCCCCAUUGAAAAAAUGUGCUCCACCAAGCGACUUUGAGCUUAUGUCUGCCAUGAUGCGGCGGUUGAGCCUGCUGGAGAAAACGGUGAAGAGCCAAGCGGAGGAGAUCAAGCGCAAGGAUACAAGGAUUUCAAUCUUGGAGAAAAAACAGACACUUCUGAAUACAUCAGAGAGUACCCAUGAUCUGAGUGGCAGAGACGGUCUUGAAAGAAGGUGCCAACAACUGCAGAAUGAAGUGUGUAAAAUGAAUAGCUUUCUGAAUGACUAUGGUUUGAUCUGGGUGGGAGAUGAGGAGAGCAGUGACCCUGCUGAAAGGGAGCAGCCACGUAGCUUAGAGAGAGGCCUCUGGCAGCCAGAUGGCUCUGCGAUCAGGAGCUUCCACAUGAACUUUGACCUGGUGCGGCAGAGGAUCAAGGAGCUGAACAUCCUGGCAGGGGAGGGAGAGUGUUUUGUGCAGUCAACAGCCACUAGGGGACAGUUGUCAAAAAAGGAUCCUAUUCAACUGAGUCUCUAUAGCAACGGCAUUGUCAUGUUUGAGGGUCCUUUCCGCUCUUAUCAGGAGCACAGCACCCAGCGGUGCAUGCAAGAUCUGAUGGACGGAUAUUUUCCAUCUGAGCUUCAAGAAAGAUUUCCAGAUGGUGUGCCUUUUGAGGUUCAUGACAGGCGAGAUGAGGAGUUCAUCUUCAGGCUACCGUGGAAUACGUUUCCUGGCGGAGGACAGACUGUUCUUGGGAAGAAAGACCAAUCAUUAAAUGCCGUCAGCUCUCAAUUACCUGGCAAGAAGUUAAGCAUGGAUCGGUUCUUGAGCAGGUUACCAAAGGUGGUAGUGAAAGCUGGGCGUGUGAUUGAUAUCAGGGACUCAGUGAGGGCUGCCCUGCAGGAUUCAUCCGAUGCUCAAAGAGGCAACUCAAUGAUCUUCAUAGACACGCCGGCACUGCAAGUGACAAAGAAGAGACACCAGAUGAUCAGCCCCGACCGGCCUUCAUCUGCCCAUGAUGUCAUCACACUCAAGGUGAAGUCAGAAGAUGGGAAUCAUACUUACAUACUGAAAAUGUGCUUCUCAGAAACAAUCGGGCACCUCCGGCAACAUCUGGACAAACACAGAGGGAGUGGUCUCGCUGGUUACAACAUCUUCAGUGCUUACCCACAAUGCUGCUACGAUGAUGACCGGCAGACGCUCCAGUCAUGUGGACUAAUGACUAAUGCUACUCUGCUGCUGGGAAAGAAGCAACACUCUCAUUCCCUAACUGAAGUCAAUAAAAGGAAGGUUUUCUAAAAAAAAAAAAAAAGGUCACAGCACACAUUUUGACUCAUCAUAAUAGGAAAAGCACAGCUGUUACCAGUAAGCAGCAUGCACAAUACCAGGACGCUGACCCCUGCCUGGGAUCAUUUUUAUGUUACGUAACAUGAGGGCAGAGAAUACUGUGCCUUUAAAAACAGAGCUGGUGGUCCACCAGGACUGAAUGGAUGUAACUGAUAGCGGUAACACAACAUUUUAUAACAAGGUGGUGAUGCUCGAUACCCAGACAGCUUAAUAAGAUACAUUUCUUAUACCAAUUCGGCAUUUCAAAGCACUGCAUCCCAAGCUAUUGAAAGCUAGUACCUGUGCCUUUCUGCACAGAAGGGAUGAAUUUACUGUCGUUACAAAAAAAAAAAAUGAGAUACACAAAUUAAAACAAAAUGUUGAAAAUCUUUAUUUCUAAAAUAUGUAAAUACAAACAAGGACAAAAGUAUGAAAAUACAAACAUCUUUUUCCCUUUCACAAAACAUUUGAGAUGUUAAGGCAUGCGGAGCCUGACGUUCCAGAUAAAUCUUGUGCUACUUAAGUUUUG